AUGCUGAACUUCUUACCAGGACAGCCCAAUAGUAGCUUGCACACGGUAUGCCAGAAAUGCUGGAAUAACAGGACGAUUAUUGCAUACUGUUCUGGCAACAACUUAAUAAUUAUGUCCAACCGGUUCAGCAGGCUGCAGACCAUAUACUUUGAGAAGGAUGCGACAGCUGUGGACAUUUGCGAGCAGACGGGGAACCUGGCAGUAGCGGUUGGCAACACAGUUUACGUGUACGGGCCGGAAUAUGAGCUCAGAGAGCACCGGUGGGCGGAACACGGGCAAUUCUACCAUGACGACUCGCAGGUGAACUGCGUCCGCUGGGUGGGAAAGACGGAGCUGGUGGUCGCGUCGUCGUAUAUGUCUCUCUGGAGGAUCCGCGCAGGGCUGGGGACGUUUAACAAACACCUGCUGUGGUCGCAGCGGCAGCCGGCGCCGGUAUACAACUGCGCGGUCACCGAGGACGCGGAGUAUAUAGCGACCGUGGGUAAACACGACGCGCGGGUGAAGGUGUGGCGCCGGCUGAGCAACGCUGCUGAGCAGGCGGAGUUUGACCUCACGGUGAUCCCGCAUGGCGGGAGCGUGACGAUGCUGCGGUGGAGACGCAGUGAGGAACCCAGCCACUGCAAGAUACUGUACGUGCUGGGCACGGAUUCCAAGCUGCGCAUUUGGUCCAAUUACGAGAUGGAGAACAAGAACAAUGCGCAAGAUUGGGGUACGGUCGAGCUGGACAGGAAAGCACAGGAGCGCUUUGUGGUGAUUCUGGAUAGCAGGCUGCUGGCCGCAGCGCUGCCCACGAAGCGGCGCUCCGAACUGCUCCAGUACCUGGCAAGCCAGCAGCCGGAGCUGGUGGGCUUAGUUAGCAGGAGCGGCAGGCUGCGAAUGCUCGCAUUGGAACACUUAUCACAAGAUCCCCCGCGGAUGGCCAGCACGAAGCCUUUGCUCACCAUCGAUCUUCUUUCCGAAUGGUUUGAGUCCCCACCGCAGGUGCUUUACUUCUGUGAGCCACAGAUCUACGAGGCGUCUGGUGGUCAGCUCUCCCUGGUGAUCCAUGAUCUUCGUGGCAGUAUCAAACACGUCCUCUUGCCGCUGGACAAACUAGCCCGUCCGACUUCGCUGGGUGAUAUUUUAGAACAUAGGUUUACCGGCCACAGCAAAUCAAUACAGCGGCUGUGGCGCAGCAGUGACGGGGAGGCGAUUCUCACCAUAAGCCGAUUCCAUGAGAACGCUAUAUGGAUCCCCCAGAAUCUCCACGCAGGCGUGUCUCUACAGAUGCAAAAUAUCAUAGAGACUGAUUCUCCAAUUCACUUGGCACUAGUGCACGAAAAAGGAGCUCUCGUUAUCACGUUUUUGAAAUCGUUCAAGCUGCAGGCUUGGGGUUGCUCUGCUAAUAGCUCACAGCGAGCUCACCUGCUCGCUGAAGUAACAAUCUCUAAAAGUCGUGGGUAUCCAAUUCUUAUGUCCAAUACUCCCGAAAAAAAACAUCACCACGAGCGCCACUUUAUUACUCUGCUGUACGAUUCAGGGCAUGUUGAUGCCUUCCUGGCAACUCCGAAUGAGAUUAAACCGGUUGAAUCGGGCAGCAUUGAUUUGGAAGGCGAGGAUAUGAUAUACAGGGCAUCGACAAUAGACCCGGUGCAGCCCAGCUCUGGUGGUGACCGUGAUCUGAUUACCUUGAUUACGAGGACUGGUACGAUCCGAACGUAUAAAGCUGUCGUUGCGAGCGAUUUAUCCAGGGUUCAAUGGAUGCUAACCCAUAUCCUUGAUACGAAUAUCGAAGACUGUUCACUAAUUGCUGGUUCUUCAAUAAACAAGACCUGUGUAAUAGACUCAACAAAAAAGGAAAUAACAAUUUGGGACUUAAAACGAGGAGUUUUGGAAUAUACGCACUUGUUUCAGGAUACCGUGCGCGAUAUAGAUUGGACCAGCACCAACUCAGGGCAAAGUAUUAUAUCAAUUGGAUUCAAUAGCCAUGUGUUACUCCUUACCCAGCAGAGGUAUGACUAUACAAAUAAACUUCCGACAUUCCUGCCCAUCAAGCGGCUCGAUAUAACAAAGCACACCACACAUGAAAUUGGAGAUUCUACUUGGAUGAAAGAUGGGACUAUAGUCGUCGCUUCUGGAAACCAACUAUUUGUGGAAGAUAAACAGCUGGAUCUGACUGACUCUUUUACACUUCAGUCUAUUGGAUCCCGGUGUAUCACGUCUAAUGACCUUCUUCAUUUGACGAGCGUUUUGAAUGGACCCCUACCGGUUUAUCAUCCCCAAUUCCUCAUACAAGCGUUGUAUUUUGGGAAGCUAAACUUGGUCAAAGAAAUCAUUUUGAACUUGUUCUUGCAAAUCAGAGAGAGGGAGUACAAUCCGGAUGUGACUGAACCCUUACCAUCUAGUCUAUGCAUCCCAUAUCACAAAUUUCUACUACCAGAUGACGAGAAUUAUAUUUUUGACCAUCACCCGGAGCCAUACUCGUCAUAUAACAUUGCACUGUCUGCUCUAUUGCGUGAGAAACUAACGAAAUUUCCACUUCCUUAUCUCACCCGUCACCAGCAGAUAACUUUGAUUACUGUUUUAGAGGCGAUCGAGAGCGUAGAGAAGAAUAAUUCAAUAGUGGAUUCCAGUGGUCUGAAAUUCAUCUUGGGCAUGAAAUUGUUUCUUUCACACAAGAUGACGCAGUCCUCUGUUACUAUGAGAGAUGUAAUGUGGGCCGUUCAUUCAGAGAACAAGCACUUACUCCAGAGUCUAGUUUUCGCAGAUAUCACUUCUACCGCGAGGUUAAGGGAGUACAAGGUAUGCUAUUGGGUGAAACAAGAUGGGCUGGUACGUAUUUUUGAGUCUUUGGCGCGUUAUGAGUUCACCAAGAAUGACAGAAGGGAUCCAAGUGCAUGCGCGAUAUUUUAUCUGGCUUUGAAGAAGAAAAAGAUCCUACUAAGCCUGUGGAGAGUUGCAGCUAGGCAUCCAGAACAAGCCAAGAUGCUCAAUUUCCUAGAACAUGAUUUUACCCAAGCGCGGUGGAGGACAGCAGCAUUGAAAAAUGCCUUUGUCCUGGCCAGUAAGCAUCGCUACUUAGAUUCUGCUUGCUUCUUUCUGUUGGCUGACUCAUUGAAGGAUGCGGUUAAUGUCUUGGUUCGGAAAUUGGAAGACUUAGACCUGGCAAUUGGUGUUUGCAGGGUCUAUUCAGGUGAUAGCAGUCCAGAGCUCCACCAUCUUCUAACCAACCAUGUUCUUCCCGGCGCAGUGGUAGAUAAUGAUAUAUGGACUAUGAGUUAUGUCUACUGGAGACUAAAAAAUGAGAACCUAGCGAUAAAAGCACUCCUGGGAAGAUAUGUCCAUGAGCAGUCGGAACACGCAUUCCACGAUAAAAGCCCCAUCAAUAAGUCGUUUUUGAUGGAAGACCCCGCUUUAUUGCACUUGUAUUCUUGGAUCAGAUUGAAAAGCACAUGUAAGAACAGCACACGUUGGGAUUCCAACGAACAGGAGGAAUAUUUGCUCAUGAACAAGGUGGCUGACAUUUAUAGACGAAUGGGAUGUGACUACUUAUCACUCUCACUGUUAAGGAAUUGGAAAUUCACCGCAAACGCAAAGGGUAACGCAGAUGACAGGAGUAACGCACCUUCUUGGUCAAGUAGCCAACUACACUUUAGCGAAAGGGCACCGGGAUCUUUUGGCAAUAGAACAUUCGACUCGCCAUCGAGUCUCUUCGACAAAUCAGAAAACCGUUCAGGUUAUACAGACACAGCAACACCAAGGAACAUGCUCGACGAUUUUAUGAAUGUAGAUUCAUAUAGAGCGCGCUCUUCCGUGCCGGAGGCUCAGGAGCUGUGGGAAGAAACUCCUGACGCAUUAUCGUCGGGCUACAGCACGCAUACACAAAACAAAAUGAAAGGCACUUCUGGCCACCCUCCCGUCAAAGUCCCUAAAGUCAGAAAUCUGUUGGAUGACUUUAUGUAA